UCAUUCAACACACAAAACACGCACAAACUUCGAUAGGAGAAAAGCAAGUUUUUUAUUCUGAAAUAGAGUCUUCUUUCUUCGAUCAUGUGAAGAACCCUCCAAACCCAUUGAAUAUCGACUGCAAAUCAACUCAAAGAUGGCGUUAUUUGGAUUAAUUUUAUACUGUUUGUUCUACAUUGGUUUGCUGUUUAAUAGGCUUUGUUUUGCGGGCGAUCCCUUUGCAAAUUUCGAACUCGAUUUCUCUUAUAUGACUGUUUCUCCACUUGGUGUUCCCCAACAGGUCAUUGCAGUGAAUGGAAAUUUUCCAGGCCCAACACUAAAUGUGACAACCAAUUACAAUGUGGUUGUCAAUGUCAAGAACAAAUUAGACGAGAGCCUUCUUAUUACAUGGCCUGGAGUAGAAAUGCGGCGAGCAUCUUGGCAAGAUGGAGUGCUUGGCACUAAUUGUCCUAUUCCUGCAAAAUGGAAUUGGACUUAUCAGUUUCAAGUCAAGGAUCAGAUUGGUAGCUACUAUUAUGUUCCGUCUCUUAGUUUUCAGCGAGCAGCAGGUGGGUUUGGUGGUUUCAUCAUCACAAACCGCAAAAUUAUCUCACUGCCAUUCAAUACACCUGAUGGAGAUAUUGUCAUUACUAUUGGCGAUUGGUAUACUCGGAGCCAUAAGGAAUUGAGAGCAUCCCUUGAUGAUGGGAAAGAGCUUGGUAUGCCAGAUGGAGUUCUCAUUAAUGGCAAGGGACCUUUUAAAUAUAACUCCUCUGUACCAGAUGGCAUCGAACAUGAGACAGUUAAUGUUGAUCCAGGGAAAACUUAUCGAAUUCGUGUGAUCAAUGUUGGAGUCUCAACUUGUUUAAAUUUUAGGAUUCAGAGUCAUAAUUUACUUUUAGCAGAAGCAGAGGGGCAUUAUACAUCCCAACAAAACUAUACUAGCUUGGAUAUCCAUGUUGGACAGUCAUACUCCUUUUUGGUUACCAUGGAUCAGAAUGCAAGUAGUGAUUACUAUAUUGUUGCAAGUGCCAGAUUUGUGAAUCAAUCAGAAUGGCAAAGAGUUACUGGAGUUGCUAUUUUGCAUUAUUCAAACGCCAAAGGACAGGCAUCUGGUCCUCUUCCCGACCCUCCAAAUGAUGUAUUUGACAAUUCUUUUGCAUUGAAUCAGGCUAUGUCCAUCAGGAUGAACAACACAGCGAGUGGAGCUCGUCCAAACCCACAAGGUUCUUUUCGCUAUGGUUCUAUUAAUGUGACAGAUGUGUAUGUGUUAAGGAGUGCUCCACCUGUCACAAUUGAUGGGAAACGUCGUGCUACAUUUAAUGGGAUUUCAUUUGUGAAUCCUAAUACACCAGUGAGGCUUGCAGACACUUAUAAUCUGAAGGGAUCUUACAAGCUUGACUUCCCAAAUACGCCACUAAAUAGACCUCCUAUCAUGGACAGAUCCCUCAUCAAUGCUACCUAUAAAGGUUUCGUAGAGAUCAUAUUGGAGAACAAUGACACCGUAGUUCAAAGCUUUCAUAUGGAUGGCUAUUCGUUUUUUGUUGUUGGGAUGGCAUAUGGGGAAUGGACAGAAAACAGCAGGGGUUCUUAUAACCGAUGGGAUGCAAUAGCACGCUCUACCACCCAGGUUUUCCCUGGAGGAUGGACUGCAAUACUUGUUUAUCUUGAUAAUGUUGGAGCAUGGAACCUUAGGGCAGUAAAUCUUGACAGAUGGUAUCUUGGUCAAGAAACUUAUAUGAGAAUCAUCAACCCUGAAGACGAUGGCCAGAAAACAGAAUCACCACCACCUGAUAAUGUCCUGUUCUGUGGUGCUCUCAGCCACUUUCAGAAGCCACAAAAAGCCUUAUCAUCGGCAGCUUUCAGCAUUCAAGAACCGCUGAAACUGAAGUCUAAUUUUCUGGUGGCACUUGCAGCUGUUAUUUACAUGAUGAUUUGAGGAAUAUUUAGGGUUUGGGGUUUGUUCAAAAGAGAUUGGUUUGUGGGUGAUUAGUUAGUGUUGGAGGAUGGUGGAAAGCAGACUCUUGAUUGUUCUUGUUAGCAAAAGUCUAUAUAGUAGGGUCAUCUUCUUUGUAUGCUGAAAGCAUCAAAGGCAUGAAGUUGAAAACCAUAUCUUGGUACCAAUUAACCUUCUCAAGAUCUUGGUGGCAUGUCCUCUAUCUCUAUGUUGGUAACUAGUUGCAAACCAUGAGAACCUCUAAGAACCACAAAGAAGGUUAAA